AUGGCGGAGCGGUCGCAUCAGGAAAUGCAACAGAAGUCUCGCCUUCACGACUCUUUCUUCGGCAUGAGAGGCCCGGAGCCACGGCCGAGCUCGAUCGCUACUGAGAUUGUAGACACGGACUGGGACGAUGAGGACAUAAUUAGCGAGAUUGAAGAUGAUGAUGCAAAUUCGCCCCGAGUGAGCUUAAAUUCAUCGGGUCAGCAGAGUGUAACCACCCUUUCUUCGUACGAGGAGGCACAAACGCCCAGGUCGAGCAGGACUCGCGCGGCAUUUCCCUUCGAUUAUGAUCCAUUAAAGGCAAUCCAGGGGCCAACGGGGCCACAUCUGUUCCGCUCAUCUGCAGCGUCUACGCACUCGAUCGAUCUACAAGACGCACUAUCGCUUUCUCCAAUAACACCCAAGGCGCCCAGACCAGUAGAAACGGAAUUCCGCUUCCACCUUGCGCAAGAUGCUCUACUUCCUCGGUCACGAAGCAGUCCUUUUCAGUUCACCCGCGAGAAACUGGAUGAGAAUGAGCUGGCGUCGUGGUCGCCGGAAAUGGUCGCACAAUGGAUGCUCAAUGCCGGCGUUGAGGGUUCUGUUGCUGAGAACUUCAUUGACAACGAUAUCAACGGCGCUAUCUUGAUCACUUUAAAGUUUGAAGACCUCAAGGAGCUUAACAUUCAGUCCUUCGGCUUGAGGACGACAAUAUGGAGCAACAUCUGCAGACUGCGAGAUAUGGAGGCUGAGGGCCCACGGCCGGACACACCGAUUGAGGAUGAAGAGAGCAGGGAAGUCAGAAAGGAGAGGAAGAGGAUGGAGAAGGAUGAGGAUGAUGUACGCCCCCGACGUGGUGCCAGCAAGAAGCGCACGAAUAAGCCCGCCCAUGAGGACAUCAUCUCACCCCUCGAGUCUGUCUCCAUUGUAGGCAUUGAGCAGGUGAUGCCCAAGCCUCACAAGUGCUCCAAGGGUGAAAACUGCAAGACUUGGAAGAAACAGCAACGUCUUAUCGAACAGUUCAUGAAGGAGCACCCGUUCGCAGAUACAAAAGGCGGAGUCAUCCUUGUCGCAGGUGACCCGGGGAACGCAGCGAAUGCCCCGGCUCUCAACCGUCCCUCCUCUACCGAAGCGCUCCGGCCCAUGUCGGAUGCCGUGCCCUCAGUUGUUGCCUCUUCCGACGUCUUGGGACCCGGACCCGGCAUCGGCCCUUUCCAAUAUCUUCAAGAAGCUACUCUCCGCAAUAUUCAAGCAAGGGACCCUCAGGACAAUGUCCGCCAGUUCUUGGAGUUCCAAGACCGUGGCUGUACUGGCGAUGUCCCGCCCACACCUCCUUUCGAACUAUACCCGGGUGUUCAAGCACCACACGAAGGGCUGCGAAGGCUUCCAAAGCUGUCCAUUCCGGGACAACAAACAACUCAGAAGGAGUCAUACCGGCCCUCUAACCUGCAACAGUCAUUCACUCCCUACAGAAUGGACAGAGCCGAAGCACUCUCGCCAGACCUGCAAACUCCUGUGGCACCCUAUCGCUUUGGCACUCCCUUCUCUGAUAUGGAUGUACCUGUGACCGCUGUGCCGCUCGGUCCAGUUGCUCGCGAUGCCUCCCAGUCAGUGCCCCCUGACAUGGGCUAUCGAGUUCCAACGGCGAUACCAGUAAGGUCAAUGUCACGAGCAUCCCGUCGACCCUCUUUCCAAGUCAUGGCACCUCUUGAGGAAAACAUCACCACUCCUAUCGCGCGAACUCCCUUGCAGCGCGCCAAUACAUCCCCCAAGUCGCCGCAGAGAACGCCGCCAAGGAUGGCCGGUCGCCCUCAGCAGCCGCUGCAGGCACCUCCUCGCGCGCAGUAUCCCUGGUCCCAGGCCCAGUCCGCCGUCGGCGGCCUGGACGGCACGAUCAAGGAUGCCGAGGGCGUCACGUACCAGGGCCCCGUGCGCAAGCGCAAGACCAAGAUGCUGCGGCACGAGUGGCAUGAUCACUACGCGACGCUCAAGGGCACGCGGCUGGCGCUGCACAAGGACGCCGCGAGCCGCGAGCGCACGCUCGAGUACGUCGACAUCGACGACUACGCCAUCGCGUGCUCGGCGCUGGCCUCGAGCAAGCUCAACGCCGCCUUCAAGGCCAUGAGCAUCUCGCGCGGCAGCUCGAAGGAGAAGGACGACCCCGUGGCCGCCUUCAGCUUCCAGCUGAUCCCGCAGGGCCGCGAGGGCGUCGUGGGCGCCCGCCUGCGCAAGCGCGAGAGCGCCAGCAUCGGGUCCGGCCCGCUGACGGCCGGGCUCGAGGGCAGCGUCAACGGCACCGGCAAGACGCACCACUUUGCGGUGCGCAGCCGCGACGAGCGCAUCGACUGGAUGCGCGAGCUCAUGCUCGCCAAGGCCCUCAAGCAGAAGGGCGAGGGCUUCGAGGUCAGUGUCAACGGCAACAUGAUCUAG